AUGUCUCGUCUCAGCAAGCUUGGGUACUCCCUCUCCUCCUCCUCCUCCGCCUCCUCCUCCUUCUCCUCCUCCUUCUCUCCCUUCAAGGACCGCCGGACUCCGACGAUUCCUUGCCGCUCUCUUGUGCCAGACUGUUCGCCCAUCCGUUCAGCUGGCGUCCCUUCUUUUACUGAGGUACGAAGAGGUUCGUAUCUUGCCACUCGUUCUUCCCGUGCCUCUGCACCUGCACCGGCUCGUUCCGCUCCUUUCAAUUCGGCCCCUUCCACUCGUUUCGUUCGUGCACCUGUUCCAGCUCGCCCUGGGACAGGUGAAACUCUCACCCGCAGCCUCCCCUCGCAGAGUCGAGGAGCUGCUCAACAGGACCGACCCCUUGACUCUCAUUCCAUUCUGGAGAGAGCUCGACUCCGCUCUCAAGCCCUUCGUUCCCGCUACAAUCUCCCAGAGAGACCGCCAGUCGACCGUCGAACCCAACCUCGAGUCGAACUCGCUUCCCCUCCUUCUGUUCCGACCACCGGCUACGCCCGUUGCUCCGAGCGCAUUCGACGUAUUCUCGCCGAAGAAGCUCGAUGCCAAGCCGCUCGUUCUGCCGACCGCCGCGCGACUCUUUCGAAACUCGCUGCCUUUGACGAAGUCGUCGCUCGUGUCAGAGCACGAAAACAGUCGACCCCUUCCACUCCUUCAAUUGACGCCACUCGUCCUGUCACUCGCUCGGAACGAGUCCGGCCUUCCGCUCCUUCCGUUCACGCCGCUCGUCCUGCCACUCGCUCAGAGCAAGCUCGGCUUUCCGCUCCUUCGAUCUCCGACCGCAUCUCCGACAUCCGCGCCGCCCGGGCCGAGCGACGCCGUCGGAUCGACGAGAUGAUCGCUCAGCAAAAAGCACAGCUCGCUUCGAUGCGGGCCACUACUUCCGCCCUCGCUCCUGCCAUCGAGCAAUUCCGAGCCAAGCGUCAGGCCCGACUCGCCAACCGGUCCCGCGAGGGACACCCGACGCCACCCCACCCGGCCCCGACAAACGGCACCCGAAGUACGGCGAUUCCGGCUACAGACCUGUUGCGUACUCAAAGAUCGACCCCGUCAGCUGACCGACUCCGCAAGGAUAAGCCAGCGAAACGCGUUCGUUUCGGAGAUGUUACGGUACAGCCUGUAUCUCGCUGGAUCGUGCCGAAGGUGGGUCGACCAUCUUCUGACAUCAUCGAAGCUGAUAAAUUGACUGGAAUCAUAGGACAUCCUGCGUGGAGGGUUCCCUUUUCAGGGGUAAUGACGCACCCCCGUACGCGGGAAGUAAGUCGUAGUCCCUCAGCCAGGAGCGCCAAGGGCGGCGCUCCGCCCCGCCGAGCCGAUGCCGAGACCGACGAGACCGCGACUGUGUACCCUCCGGAGGGUUAUGGUGGCGCAAAAGCGUGGAGUUGGGGUGGUUGGCGGGCCACGUUUGAAAGACUGUAUUGCAACCGAAUUCGAUUUGAGAUUAGAUUGAAGCGCCAGAGGCCGCCGGCCAAUCGAGAGGAACUUCCGGACGGUGCUGGAGGAUGGUGGCUUGUGUUGUUGGUGUACAUGCGUGUUAAAAGUUUUGUGGUUUACCGGAAGUUGGACGUACGAGUCUAUGCCAACGGCUACUGCAAGUAA